AUGGAUCCCCAAGGCCCCAUCAAACCUCGGGUUCUGGGGAGUUCCUAUCGAUCAUCCGAAGAUUGGCGAUCAGAAACAGAGCCUAUUUCUGCGUCUGCAAGCAGCUUCCUGUCCUCUGCAAUGACCGAAGCAAUCGAGACACCAUCGACGCCGCCAUGGUCACUGAAGACGAAGAGAUCGCAGUCCUCGAUUUCUACCUGCAGUUCUGGCACUUCCUGGAAGUCGCUCUCGACGAUCCACCCCGGCUGGAAUGAACCUCCCAGGCCGUUCUGCUUGAGUGACUCUUCACCCACCAGACUGGCAGGCCUUGAUCCACCUUCGCAUCCUCAAUCACUCGAUAUAGAAAGGACCGGGCGGUGCUUGAGUGGUUCAGUCUCUUCCGCCUCGUGGCAGUCGUUGUCGAGCAUGCGCCCAUCCUGGGAUGAGCCCUACAGACCGCCUCAUAUCCUUGCGGUUCCUGGCCAGGAGUAUCGCUCGGCAUGUACAAGGCAGGCGACGCAACCGGUGCUGGAAUGGAAGCCACUGAUUCCUCCAAGACCGGUGACGCAGUUGACAUGCGAUGACUCUUGGCUAUGCUGGGACCAUGGCUCAAUGCGUGAACAUCUGGCUAUCUUUGCCCCCAAAUGGAUCGACUCGUGUCCUGUUUUCUUUAGGUCAAGAGGACAGGCUCAUCUGUCUUUGCAUUUUGAUUCACGAGAUGAGAAGAAAUGA